CUGAUUUAGGACACGUGGUUCGGGUACAUAGAAGAAGUUGAAGCUAUAACUUGACAUUUUGAGUGUUUUCUACUUGUGUCAGAUAACCUGUCAAGAUGGUGAAGCCACGGUUCAAGGGGAAAAGCACGAUAAACACAUCGGCGGCCAGCAGUAAUCCUGACCGACCAAAGACUCCUGCAGGUUCAGGCAACAGCAUGAGGGACCGGGCAACUGUCAGGCGUCUGAAUAUGUACAGACAAAAGCAGAGAUGCAACAACAGAGGCCAGGUGAUCAAGCGUUUGUCGUACCAGUCCACUGUGGCUGAUGGGACACAGGCCAGAGUGGAGCCCAACAUCAAAUGGUUUGCAAACACUCGGGUCAUCAAGCAGUCAUCCCUACAGAAGUUCCAGGAUGAGAUGGGUGCGGUGAAGAAGGACCCAUACCGCGUGGUGAUGAAACAGAGCAGGCUGCCCAUGUCCCUCCUGCACGACAGAGUCAAGGCACAUAACUCUAAGGUACACAUCCUGGACACCGAGGGCUUUGAGACCACAUUCGGGCCCAAGGCGCAGCGUAAACGACCCAACCUGAUGGUGGGAGACGUGAAGGACCUGGCAGAACAGGCUGAGGUCUUGGCACAGACCUACAGCACUGAGAAGGACCGCGACUUGGUCACAGAGGACGAUGGGGUCAGAGAGGUCGCUCGUGAGGAGAUCUUCAAGAAGGGCCAGUCGAAGAGGAUUUGGGGAGAACUGUACAAGGUGAUAGACUCGUCAGACGUCAUCAUACAGGUGCUGGAUGCCCGCGACCCCAUGGGUACGCGCUCGCAGAGCAUCGAGACCUACAUGAGGAAGGAGAAGCCUUGGAAGCAUCUGAUCUUCGUGCUCAACAAGUGUGACCUUAUCCCUACCUGGGUCACAAAACGCUGGGUAGCCGUGCUCUCCGCCGAGUACCCCACCCUGGCCUUCCAUGCCAGCCUCACCAACUCGUUUGGCAAGGGCUCCCUCAUCCAACUCCUUAGGCAGUUUGGCAAGCUCCACACAGACAAGAAGCAGAUCAGCGUUGGGUUCAUCGGCUACCCCAACGUGGGAAAGAGCUCUGUCAUCAACACGCUACGCUCCAAGAAGGUCUGCAACGUGGCACCCCUCGCCGGUGAGACCAAGGUGUGGCAGUACAUCACCCUGAUGCGACGCAUCUUCCUCAUUGACUGUCCUGGUGUAGUUUACCCCUCUGAAGACAGCGAGAGCGACAUCGUGUUGAAAGGAGUGGUGCAAGUGGAGAAGAUCCGUAACCCGGAGGAGCAUAUCCCGGCAGUGCUAGAGCGGGCCAAACCAGAGUACAUCCAGAAGACGUACCGCAUCCCCACCUGGAGCUCCCCAGAGGACUUCCUGGAGAAACUGGCGAUGCGCAUGGGCAAACUCCACAAGGGUGGUGAGCCAGACCUUACCUGUGUCGCCAAAAUGGUGCUGAACGACUGGCAGAGAGGACGCAUCCCCUUCUUCGUAAAACCCCCUGGCUGUGAGGGAGAGCAUGAGGGCAAGGAUAUACUGCCAGUGGAGGGGGCACCAGAAGCUACAGAGCGUGUACAGGAAGAAGGAGCAACAGAGGAGCAGAGCGAGGAGGUGGUGGCUGCCGUGUUGGCCGAGCAGGAGGCCCAGCAGCAGCAGAAACACAAACAUGAGCAGGAGGCCCAGCAGCAGCAGAAACACAAACAUGAGCAGGAGGCCCAGCAGCAGCAGAAACACAAACAUGAGCAGGAGGCCCAGCAGCAGCAGAAACACAAACAUGAGCAGGAGGCCCAGCAGCAGCAGAAACACAAACAUGAGCAGGAGGCCCAGCAGCAGCAGAAACACAAACAUGAGCAGGAGGCCCAGCAGCAGCAGAAACACAAACAUGAGCAGGAGGCCCAGCAGCAGCAGAAACACAAACAUGAGCAGGUGCAGAAGAUUCUCUCCAACGUCCGGCAGAACUUCGGCAAGAUCAAUGUGGCGCCCGAGUUCAACGAUGAAGACCUGGCACCCGUGCAGACCGCCUACCUCGUUUUCUCGGACCUGUCCGGCUCAGCCGUGGAUGAGGAAGAUGAAAAUGGAGAUGAAGAGAAGGGGGGUGGGGAGACAGCAGCUGGAGAUGCUGAGGGUGCCGCCACCACCCCAGCCGGUCAGCCUGCCAAGGUGGAGGAAAAAAAGAGUUCGCGUGAGACGAUCCGCGAGCUGGAUGGGAAGAUUGCAAAGUACAAGCAGUUCCUGGACCGGGCCAGACUCAAGCGCUUCUCCGCCAUCCGGAUUCCGAAGGCACUCUCUGACAAAGUGCUCACAGACAUGAAAGUGAAGCAGGCGGCGAAUAAACCUCAACCUAAAGCUGUAACACAGGUUGGCAAGAAGAGGAAAACCGAUGAAGCAGAGGAGCUCACGCGUCCAAACAGAAGUCUAACAUCCAAGCAGAGGAGAGCAGCGGAUCGUGCUCAGAAGGUGAAGAAAGUUGGAACGCGCUAUUACGAAACACACAACAUCAAGAACAAGAACAAGAACAGAAAGAUGCCUACGGCGCCCAGUGAGGGAAAGAAAGCCAAGAGAUUGAAGCGCUAGUCUGGGGUCCAAGAGACUAAUAAAUAUUUAUUUUAAUGACCCUGUCAUUGUAAUGAAUUGUUUUAUGGUGUCUUGGUACCUACCCUUGGUAUCUUGAUGGAAAGUGAUUUGGGUAAGGGGCAUUGAGUGAAUUAGGUUUUGAUUAACCUCUUAAUCAAGUGAAUCGCUUCAUGCAUUAACCUGAUCCUGAGUGACCUUCAGCGAAGUGACAAUGAUCACUUUCGUCAAACUAUUACUUCAACUCAUAUGGAGCUUCACUGCGAAGUGAAAGGAUGGGUCUGUCAUCCCCCCCCCAAAAAGUACACUUGUACUGCAUAGCCUGGGUGCCCGUCUCUUUUCAUUAUUUUGCUAACUGUAAAAUUUGGCAUGACAAUUCCAUAAGGAGUUGGCUAGAGAGCAGAAACACUGGCACCCAGGUUAUGUACUGCACUUUUGAAUAAAAAAAACAUCAAGUAACAUUUUUUAUCCAACUAUACCAUAAAAUAAAGAAUAUGAACAAAUUA